AUGAGUUUCCCUUAUAUGCAGAAUGAUUUGAAUCAAUCUGCCCAGUUACAAAAAUUAAAUCAAUUACAACAAUUAUCAUUCUCGCCACAGAUUAAUCAAAGAAAUUUAAACCCAUUAUCAGUUCAACAACAACAACAACAAGCUCAACAACAACAAGCUCAAGUACAAGCCCACUUACAAGCCCAGGCUCAGCAAUUACAACAACAACAACAAGUCCAACAAUUACAGCAACAACAAGCUCAACAACAACAAGCACAACAAGUUCAACAACAAGCUCAAGUACAACAACAUCAACAACUUGGUGGACCAAUUGGUUCAAUAAUUGGAAACAAUGCUAAUGUUGGUGGUAGUGUUGGUUCAACUAUGCCAUUUCCUGUAACCACAGUUAAAGAAGUUUGGAAAGAAAAUUUCCAUCAAGAAUUUGCAAUUAUUCGUCAAUUAAUUACUCAAUAUAAUUAUGUUUCAUUUAGUACAGAAUUCCCAGGUAUAUUAGCGAGACCAAUUGGUGUUUUCACUUCAACAAAUGAUUAUCAUUAUCAAACCCUGAGAACAAAUACUGAUUUAUUAAAUUUAAUUCAAUUUGGUAUUAGUUUAAGUGAUGUUAAUGGUAAAAAACCUGAUAAUAUUUAUAGUACAUGGCAAUUUAAUUUUAAAUUUGAUUUAAAUAGUGAAAUGAUUUCAAAUGAAGCUUAUGAAUCAUUAAUUAAAACUGGAAUUGAUUUUAAUCAACAUUUAUCAAAUGGGAUUGAUCAAUUUGAAUUUGCUGAAUUAUUAACAAGUUCAGGUUUAGUUUUAUUGAAAAAUGUUCAUUGGACAAGUUUCCAUUCAGGUUAUGAUUUUGGAUUUUUAAUUUCUUUAUUAACAAAUAAUGAUAUGCCAAAUACUGAAGAUGAAUUUAUAAAUAAAAUUCAAAUUUUUUUCCCAAAUUUAUUUGAUUUAAAAAUUUUAUCAAAAAUUAUAAAUUCAAAAGAUUCAAAUCCAAAAUUAAGUUUAGAAAAUUUAGCUGAUGAAUUAAAUAUACCAAGAUUAAAUAUAUUUGUAAGUACAGGUGGUCAAGCUUUAUUAACAAAUUUAACAUUUAUUGAAUUGAAAAAUAAAUUUAAUGAUUUAUCAAAAUUUAAUGGAUUAAUUCAUGGUUUAUCAAAUGAAGCACAAUUUUUAUUAAAUAAUAAUAAUAAUAAUAAUAAUAAUAAUUCUACAAAUACAUCAAUAAUAACUGGGAAUCCAAAUCAACAAUUACCAUCUGGAGCUCAAACACCACAAGGAUUAAGUAGAACAAUCCAUGAUUUAUGA